AUGGCAAACCUCGACACAGACGGUCACUCCGUCACUUACUGUUCAGAUCGAACUGGAUCCCCGGAUCUACGGCUGAUCCACUACAAUGAUGUUUAUCACGUCGAGGCUGGCUCUGCAGAGCCUAUUGGCGGAAUAUCUCGAUUUCAAUCCCUCGUGAACUACUACCGAUCGCAUCCGCAUUUCGCCGGGCAUCCCGAUAUCCUCACCUUCUUCUCCGGCGAUGCAUUCAAUCCGAGUAUCGAGAGCACGAUUACAAAAGGCAGACAUAUGGUGCCAUUCCUCAACACAGUGGGCACCGAUGUGGCGUGUGUGGGUAAUCAUGACCUUGAUUUUGGAGUCGCCCAGUUUCGGCAUCUUGCGAGUCAAUGUCAUUUCCCGUGGCUCUUGGCAAAUGUCCUUGACCCGGCAUUGGGAGACGAUGUUCCAAUCGCCGACUGUGCUAAGACCCGCAUAUUGACAUCAUCGAACGGGAUCAAGGUUGGUGUGUUGGGUCUAGGAGAGAGAGAAUGGCUUAGCACAAUUAACGCACUUCCGCCUGAUUUGAUUUACAAAUCCGCAUCUGAAACAGCUCGAAUACUUGCGAAGCAACUCCGAGAGCAAGGAGCAGACCUUGUCGUCGCGGUUACUCAUCAACGCGAACCAAACGAUCAUAAAUUAGCCAACAAUUUAUCGCCUGAUUCUGUUGAUAUCAUCCUCGGGGGGCACGACCAUUUUUAUGCGCAUUCCGUUAUCAACGGAAUCCAUGUCUUGCGAUCAGGGACUGAUUUCAAACAAUUAAGCUAUAUUGAGGCUUUCCGCAAACCUGGCGGAACUAGGUGGGACUUCAACAUCACUCGACGAGAUGUAGUUCGCUCGAUUCCUGAGGACCCUGACACGGUGACAUUGGUGGCCCGGCUCACAUCCAGCCUCAAGGCCAAAUUGGACAAGCCAAUUGGAUUUACUGUUAGUCCGCUCGAUGGCCGUUUCUCUACUGUGCGCCAGCGUGAAUCUAAUUUGGGAAACUUUGUUUGUGACUUAAUGCGCUUCUACUACGCCGCCGACUGUGCCAUGAUGGCUGGUGGCACCAUUCGCGGCGAUCAAAUCUAUCCACCCGGGAUUUUGAAGCUUAAAGAUCUGUUGAAUUGUUUCCCUUUCGAGGAUCCCGUUGUGCUGCUUCGCCUUAGUGGACAGGCAUUGCUGAAUGCACUUGAGAAUGGAGUUAGCCAACUCCCUGCACUCGAGGGCCGGUUUUCGCAAGUGUCGAAUAUUAGCUAUGGGUUCAAGCUCACAGCGCCUGCGGGGUCACGCAUCACAUUCGCGCGUGUCGGUGGUGAGCCCAUUGAUCUGCAGCGUGAUUAUGUCCUUGCGACUCGUGGAUACAUGGCGCGAGGCAAAGACGGAUUCUCUUCAUUACUCGUCCAGUCGGAAGGAGGUGAGGUCGAGGAGCUUGUUGACGAGGAAAACGGUGUUCUCAUUAGCACUAUUCUACGCCAAUAUUUCUUAAGUCUGAAGGUGCUCGGUAAGUGGAAUCGUUGGAGUGCCAGUUUGCGCCGGCACUGGGGUACUGUUCAUCGUAACCUGCACGGUGACGGAUGGCUGAAACCGCCAUCCGCCGCGACAUCUCCCAAGACCGAGAAGCCCCCGGUCAAGAAACUAGGGUCACGACCUGCUCUUAAGCGGACAACCCGGGCAGCAUACUAUUACGGUCGAUUCCCUGAAGAGCUUGGACAGGAUAGCAAGGGUCUCACUGGGAAUGAGACCAAUGGCGAUGCCAUGGACUCUGAUUCCGAUGAGGAUCCCGAUAUCCUGACCUCAUCGCAACCAUUCACGAACUACGUUACCUUGCCUGCGCAGUCCUCCGCCGACGAAGAGCACCGCUUGCAAAUUGCGCGGCGAGUUGUCCGGAAGUGGAUGCGGCAUGCAGGACUUCAACCUACAACGUUAAAUACCAUGGAUGGUGAAGGCGAGUUCACUCCAGCCUGGACAUCAGGUAUCUCUCCUCGACUGGAGGGACGAAUUGUGGAGGAAUAG